AAACCUUAAACUUCAACUCCCAGGAAGCAUCGCGUGUCCGCUUUUCGGGCGUCUCCGCCAAGGCGCGGAGGCUCCCAGUGUGCCCCGCUCUUGUUAUUAUUCCUUUUCUGUGCUCACAGCCUUCCAGAAAAGGGCCGCUCCCGGACUACGCGUUCCAGAAUACAGUGAGGGUGGGGGUGGGGUGCUCUCUGCUUGAAGUUUGCGUUUGACGGCCUAGAUCCCGAGCGCUGUUGGCCCGGCUCUGACCUGGUUGGGUGUUUUGAGUCACCAGCGACCUCCUGACACAGCUUCAGCACUAGUUUUCACCUCUCCCUAGGCCACCUGGUGACCCCAGGACUGAUUGGGGAAUGAUUCUGAGCGAUGUCUUACUGCUGAUGACCUCACAGGGACCAGCUGACCACAGGGCUGGGCAGCGAGACAGGUGUGCCCCGUUAGAGUCUGGAUUUGAGUGGAAGGACACACGCCAAAGUCCCCUCUUUCUGCUGGGCCCAUUUUAUCGUCUCGAAACCCACCGGACUCCAGCGGCUCCACUUUGACAUGCCGAGGCCAGCUGACUGGAGCCUGGGUGUCCCCCAGAUCCCAGUAUUCAGAGCAGGCCCACUGGAGUCAGCCAGGGUGUGGCCCACGAAGACUGGCAGGUUAUGCCUCCACCUUGUUGCCCUGAAAGCCGAAGCGACAGUGAGAAGGGCUAAGAUUUGGCCAUGAGCAGCGCCCCCAGGCGCCCCGCCUCGGGCGCAGAUUCUUUGCACACGCCAGAGCCAGAGAGCCUGAGCCCCGGAACACCUGGGUUCCCUGAGCAAGAGGAGGAAGAUGAACUUCGUACCUUAGGUGUGGAGCGGUUCGAGGAGAUCCUCCAGGAAGCUGGAUCCAGAGGAGGAGAAGAGCCAGGCCGCAGCUAUGGGGAGGAAGACUUUGAAUACCACCGCCAGUCCUCCCACCAUAUCCAUCAUCCACUCUCCACCCACCUGCCUCCUGACGCCCGCCGUCGCAAGACUCCCCAGGGCCCAGGACGGAAACCUCGGAGGCGCCCUGGAGCCUCUCCCACUGGAGAGACCCCCACUAUUGAGGAAGGGGAGGAAGAUGAGGAUGAAGUCGGUGAAGCUGAAGGGUUCAGAGCUCCCCCGCAACAACCAUCUCCUGCCUCUUCACCCUCUGCAGUUCAGUUUUUUCUCCAAGAGGAUGAAGGUACAGAUAGGAAGGCAGAGAGAACCAGCCCAUCUCCCCCUACACAGACGCCCCACCAGGAAGCAGCUCCCCGGGCCAGCAAAGGGGCACAGACAGGAACUCUGGUGGAGGAGAUGGUGGCCGUGGCCAGCGGCACGGCUGGAGGUGACGACGGAGGUGCUGCAGGGCGCCCCCUGACCAAAGCCCAGCCUGGACAUCGAAGUUACAACCUUCAGGAGAGAAGGCGAAUUGGCAGUAUGACAGGGGUGGAGCAGGCCCUGCUGCCCAGGGUCCCUACUGAUGAGAGUGAGGCUCAGACGCUGGCCACAGCUGACCUCGACCUCAUGAAAAGUCACCGGUUUGAGGACGUUCCGGGGGUACGUCGACAUUUGGUGAGGAAGAAUGCCAAAGGGUCUACACAGGCUGCCCGGGAAGGCCGAGAGCCUGGCCCCACACCUCGGGCACGACCACGGGCCCCCCAUAAGCCUCAUGAGGUGUUCGUAGAGCUGAAUGAAUUGCAGUUGGACAAAAACCAGGAGCCUCAGUGGCGGGAGACAGCCCGGUGGAUAAAAUUUGAGGAGGACGUGGAAGAGGAGACUGAGCGCUGGGGCAAGCCUCACGUGGCAUCACUGUCCUUCCGCAGCCUCCUGGAGCUCCGCAGGACACUGGCCCAUGGAGCUGUGCUCUUGGACCUCGAUCAGCAGACCCUGCCUGGGGUGGCCCAUCAGGUGGUCGAGCAGAUGGUUAUCUCUGACCAGAUCAAAGCAGAGGACAGAGCCAAUGUGCUACGAGCCCUUCUGCUGAAACACAGCCACCCAAGUGAUGAGAAAGAAUUCUCCUUCCCCCGGAACAUCUCAGCGGGCUCUCUGGGCUCUCUCCUGGGGCAUCACCACGCCCAGGGGACUGAGAGUGAUCCUCACGUCACUGAGCCUCUCAUCGGUGGUGUUCCUGAGACCCGGCUGGAGGUGGAUAGAGAGCGUGAGCUGCCGCCCCCAGCCCCACCUGCAGGUAUUACCCGCUCCAAGUCCAAGCAUGAGCUGAAGCUGCUGGAGAAGAUCCCUGAGAAUGCAGAGGCCACAGUGGUCCUCGUGGGCUGUGUGGAGUUCCUCUCCCGCCCCACCAUGGCCUUUGUGCGCCUGCGGGAGGCUGUGGAACUGGAUGCAGUACUGGAGGUGCCUGUGCCUGUGCGCUUCCUCUUCCUGCUGCUGGGGCCCAGCAGCGCCAACAUGGACUACCAUGAGAUUGGCCGAUCCAUCUCCACCCUCAUGUCUGACAAGCAAUUCCACGAGGCAGCCUACCUGGCAGAUGAACGGGAUGACUUGCUGACUGCUAUCAAUGCCUUCCUGGACUGCAGUGUUGUGCUACCGCCUUCUGAAGUGCAGGGCGAGGAGCUGCUGCGUUCUGUUGCCCAUUUCCAGCGCCAGAUGCUAAAGAAGCGAGAGGAGCAGGGCCGCCUGCUGCCCCCUGGUGCUGGGCUAGAGCCCAAGUCUGCCCAAGAUAAGGCACUCCUGCAGAUGGUAGAGGUGGCAGGUGCAGCUGAAGAUGAUCCCCUUCGGAGGACAGGCCGGCCCUUUGGGGGGCUGAUCCGUGACGUGCGGCGGCGCUACCCGCACUACCUGAGUGACUUCCGAGAUGCACUAGACCCCCAGUGCCUGGCUGCUGUCAUUUUCAUCUACUUUGCCGCCCUGUCGCCUGCCAUCACUUUUGGGGGGCUACUGGGGGAGAAGACACAGGACCUGAUAGGAGUGUCAGAGCUGAUCAUGUCCACAGCGCUCCAGGGAGUGAUCUUCUGCCUGCUGGGCGCCCAGCCACUGCUGGUGAUCGGCUUCUCGGGGCCUCUGCUGGUCUUCGAGGAGGCCUUCUUCUCGUUCUGCAAGAGCAACCAGUUGGAGUACUUGGUGGGCCGAGUUUGGAUUGGCUUCUGGCUGGUGCUCCUGGCCCUGCUCAUGGUGGCUCUGGAGGGGAGCUUCCUGGUCCGCUUUGUCUCCCGAUUCACCCAGGAGAUCUUUGCCUUCCUCAUAUCACUCAUCUUCAUCUAUGAGACCUUCUAUAAGCUGAUCAAGAUCUUUCAGGAGCACCCCCUCCAUGGCUGCUCAGUCUCCAACGACUCAGAGGCAGACAGCAGCAGUAACAAUAUGACUUGGGCAGCAACCACACUGGCACCAGACAACAGCAGUGCGUCUGGGCAGGAGAGGCCCCGGGGCCAGCCUAACACUGCCUUGCUAUCACUGGUGCUGAUGGCCGGCACUUUCUUCAUCGCCUUCUUCCUGCGCAAAUUCAAGAACAGCCGGUUCUUCCCUGGCCGGAUCCGGCGGGUAAUUGGGGACUUUGGGGUGCCCAUCGCGAUCCUCAUCAUGGUGCUUGUGGAUUACAGUAUUGAGGAUACCUACACCCAGAAGCUAAGUGUGCCCAGUGGGUUCUCAGUGACAGCCCCAGACAAGCGGGGCUGGGUCAUCAACCCCCUUGGAGAGAAGACUCCUUUCCCUGUGUGGAUGAUGGUGGCCAGCCUGUUGCCUGCCGUUCUGGUGUUCAUCCUCAUCUUCAUGGAGACACAGAUCACCACGUUGAUCAUCUCCAAGAAAGAGCGGAUGCUUCAGAAGGGCUCUGGCUUCCACCUUGAUCUGUUGCUCAUUGUAGCCAUGGGUGGCAUCUGUGCCCUCUUUGGCCUGCCUUGGUUGGCUGCUGCCACUGUCCGCUCUGUCACUCAUGCCAAUGCACUCACUGUCAUGAGCAAGGCUGUGGCACCUGGUGACAAACCCAAGAUUCAGGAAGUCAAGGAGCAGCGGGUGACCGGGCUGCUGGUGGCCCUGCUUGUGGGACUCUCCAUGGUCAUUGGGGACCUACUGCGGCAGAUCCCCCUGGCUGUGCUCUUUGGCAUUUUCUUAUACAUGGGAGUUACUUCCCUUAAUGGGAUCCAAUUCUACGAGCGGUUGCACCUGCUACUCAUGCCGCCCAAACACCACCCAGAUGUUACCUAUGUCAAGAAGGUUCGGACCAUGCGGAUGCACCUGUUCACUGCCUUGCAGCUGCUCUGUCUGGCCCUGCUUUGGGCGGUCAUGUCCACAGCUGCUUCCCUGGCCUUCCCCUUCAUCCUCAUCCUCACAGUGCCUUUGCGCAUGGUGGUACUUACCCGGAUCUUCACUGAGCGAGAAAUGAAAUGUCUGGAUGCUAAUGAGGCAGAGCCAGUGUUUGAUGAGUGUGAAGGUGUGGACGAGUACAACGAGAUGCCCAUGCCUGUGUAGCUGCUGUCCAGAGGCAUAGCAGAGGGACUAAGGGGCAGGGGCUGGGGGGCUGGGGAGCUGGGGCUCCCCUCCUCCUGUCCCUCCUCAUUUUUAUUUAAGUGAAUAAUUUAAAGCCCCCUUGUCCCCACCCUGCAGUAAAGUGCUUCAACCCCAA